AUGGAAUAUUCGACUGACGAUAUCGCAGCAGCGAGAAGCUUGCAGUUCGCUACGACCUAUGAUUAUGCGUGUUCAAUUCAUGAAGAGUGGACAUAUUUACUUCGAUCGCACUGGAGCAAGAUGAAAGGCUUGUAUAUUGUUACGCGAUACCUGCCCUUUAUCAUUCUCGCCAUGUAUCUAUAUAUGAGCCUCACCCCGAAUGAGAAUUCAAGUAAAUGCGGGGUGUUGCAAAAUAUUAAUACAGGUCUUAGCAUGGUAAUAGCGAUGUUCUCCGAAUGGUUUUUUAUGCUCAGAACAUAUGUGCUCUGGGACAAGAAUAGAAUCUUGCUUGCAGCCAUGCUGUCGGGGUUAUUGUCUUUUCUCGCAGCAUCCUUCAUCAUUAUCUUCGCCACCGCCAUCCCUGCAGCAUAUACGACUAGCCCGAUCCCGGGAAUCACAGGGUGCUACCUGGGUUCGACCAAUUUCUUGUAUUUUAUACCAUUUCUUCUCCUUUCCGUUUUCCAAUUGGCACUCUUGAUACUCACGCUCAUGCGCGCCAUACAGGACUGGCGGACAAACACGAGCCAUCUGUACGUUGUCCUCGUGAACCACAAUAUAUUCUAUUAUGCAUGUGGUUUUCUGUUGUCGGCAGGAAAUAUAUUCACAUCGAUCUUCCAGUUGAUAGUCAUUGCAAUCCUCGUCACGCGCAUGCACCUCCAUCUCUGGCAGGUGAAUCAACAUCCACACGACGCCCUUAUUUCAAUGUCCGACAUCUCAUUUGCAAAUCCCACGGCGUGAUGUCGUAUCCUGUG